GUAGGUAGAAUAGACACGGUAGGGGUCGCGAGGAGGAUGCGCAGUAGCAUGUGACGUCAACGGGGCCCAGCGCCGACUUCACCGCUACCUGGUUACGUGGAACUACAAGCUACUGUCUGUUUCCGGCUGUCAUUCGGCUGUAUGUUUCCCGCGUUUUUUGUCAUUGUGUCUGACAGUAGGCUGAGUGAAGUGUCUAUAGUGCGUUUGAUGUUGAUAUAUUUAAGUUUUAAGUUAUUUACAGUCUUAAUUUUUGUUAAAAGUACCGUAUGUGACUAUGUGUUGGCCUAGUGAAAUGUAAUAAUAAUAAUGCCGUGUUGUGCAGUAGCUGGUUGUUCAAACCAUUCAAGACAUUCUAAAGAAACGGGAAUAUCUUUUCAUCGUUUCCCUACGGAUAUUGAUUUAAGAAAACAAUGGGUAAAUGCAUGCAAAAGGGCCGAUGAAUUUAAAGUCGAUAACGCCAAAGUAUGCUCAGCCCAUUUUGGGGAACAUGAUUUCGAGCGAGACUUAAAAUCUGAGUUAUUAAAUACGAAAAGUAGAAGGAUUUUAAAGAACACAGCAGUUCCUUUCUUUGGUCUGUCAAAUUUAAAUGAACGUGCAAUCUCACGAUUAAAACGAGUUGAAAGUAGGGAAACAAAAAAACAAAUUAGUAACAUUUUUUGUGAGAUCGCCAACAUAGAUGAACCGUCUGAUGCGAUUCCAGAAUCAACCAAUGAUGAAAACCUUAUAGUAAACGACAAAAGUGAAUCAGAAUAUAAUUUAUUGUUGAAUAAGCAAUUAGCCGAAGCAAUUGCAAAAAUUUCCGUGUUGGAAAAUAAACUUAAGUCAUAUGAAUCUCUUUUUACAAAAUCACAACAACAGUAUAUUUUGCAAGGUCAGUGUAGGAGUUGGAGCCAAGAGGAUGUCUCAAAGGCAAUUACAUUAAGAUGUAUUUCAAAAAAGGCAUUUUCAUUCGUUAGAGAUGUGUUAAAGCACCCACUGCCAAGUGAGACUACUAUUAAACGUCGGCUAAGUCACUUUUCUAUAAAACCAGGUUUCAUUGAUAUGAGUUUAAAAGUUAUGGAAACUCAAGUUAACGUGUUUAGUGAUUUUGAAAAGAACGUGGUUUUAUGUUACGAUGAAAUGAAGGUCAACUCUGACUUAUGUUAUGAUAAUGUGGAAGAUCGAAUUUUGGGUCCAUAUUCCAUGGUACAAGUGAUUGUGGUCAGAAGCAUAGUAGGUAAGUGGAAGCAACCCGUUUUUUUAUGAUUUUGACCGACCUGUAGAUAAGGCACUUUUGUUUGAAACCAUUGCAAAGGUGGAAGCUACAGGUUUUCGAGUAAGGGCCUUUGUAAGUGACAUGGGACCAUCUAACCAAAAGCUUAUGAAAACCUUGGGUAUUAUACCUGGCAAAGUAACUAGUUUAAAAAAUCCAAUUGACGCCACUCGUCAAAUUUGGGCGUUUUUUGAUGUUCCACAUUUGCUUAAACUUUGUAGGAACCAUUUAUUGGAUCAUGGUUAUCAAUUGAAAUCUGGCGAAGUAGUUUCAAAAGAAAUUUUUUCUAAACUCGUUGAACUACAACAUGAAAAGGAUUUGAAGUUUGCUUACAAAAUUUCCACCUCUCAUAUACUUUUGUCAGGUACCGAGAG